AUGGAAAUCCUACCUUAUGUAGCUCAAGUUCUUCGCAUCUAUGAUGCCAAAUUGGAAGUUGAUAUCGUCUGUACACACCUUUCGUCGGAGCCAACUCUGAUGUCCUACGUUGCUCUGAAAAUGUUGAAAAGUGGGCUUGACGAGGUUUAUGCUUACUCUACAGAGGAGCCCUUAUUAUAUACUUCUAGUAGUGCCACUACUUCUCCUCGCCUGAACACCUCCUUGGCCUCCACUGCUAUUCCUGUAAACAAGCAGCUAGUGCUCGGCCUAUUCCAGCCCGACCGCGCAAGUCUUUGGCUGCGUUCUUGUGCAUUCUACGCUGGAAAGCGCUCCUGCCUCGACUUCAUUAGCCUGUUAGCGUUCUCCUGCAUUCUACGAUCUCUUGCUUUACUCCACCGUCUUCCCAUGCUUCAACGUCUCAUUUCUAAUUGUACUUCCGGCUUUCCAAGUUCACUUGUUCCGUUUGUUGCAGUGAUUGGAUCUUCUGGUGGAUCCGAAGAGCCAGGGCUAGCCAAAUUAGAUCGAGUUGGACAAGAACCAUCAUCCGAAAGGGCUAGUAUCGAUUUGGACCCAGUCGUGCUGGUGAGGAAGCUUUUAAUGUACUCGACUUUGCUAAGGAAUCGAAAAAUAGUUAUUACUAUAUAA